CACAGAUUUUUGGUUUGUCUAGUGAACAGGCGUUUCAUAGUUAUUAGAAGUAAGCACAAGACUGUAUAAAUCUGGAUGGAGGUGUGGUUAAAUCAGACAGGUUAUUUUUUAAGUUUAAUCAAGGAAUCCAUAUAUGUUACAAGUUAUGUAAAAUACAGGAAUGCAUUGAACGUAUUUGGAGUUAAUUUCUGGAUUAUGAUGGCUAUUUUGAAGACAUAUUUUCAAUUCAAGAAAAUACAGUUUUUUUAGAAUUGCGGAAUUCUUUCGAUAGAUUAAGCAAACGUUUAAAUUACUAUAGACAUAUGGUUAAUUUGAACGGAUAUGUUACACGAUGGCGUUCAUUUUGCGUGUAUUGUUUCUGGAAAUUCGAACUUGGGCGUGAGUAUCGAAUUUAUGAAAAUAUGAUAAAUAUUUGGAUUCUUAGUGAUUUUGUUAAAAAAUGGAUAGUUUAUUACGUUCUAUGGAUAAAUUUGCACAACUCAGUAAGUAAUCGUUAAAUUUGGUGAAUUUACUCCAAUAUCAAGUCUUCGUGUAUUCAUCUAUUUUAAUCUAGAGUUUUUUUUACAUGUAAUCUUAUCCUCGUAGAAGAUAGAUUCACUUGUUUCACCAUGCCCUCGAAAAUUUUCCUGUUGAUUUUACUACUUUUAAAUAUCUCAUGUGGGAGUAUAUUGUGCCACCGUGGACCAUCGGAAAAACCAAUUUCCACGGUUGAGCCACCAUAUGAGAAAACAGAGCACCCAAUGCCUCCUUUACUGGAUUUGUGGGGAAAGGCUAGAGAAAACUAUCCAACCAAUGCUCAUUGGACAAAUUUUGUUUUGGAAGGUGGAGAGAAUUUGCCAGCGGCACCUUUGCCAUAUGUGACGAACGCGUAUAAUGAUGGGCCUGUUUUGAGUUAUCCAAAACUAAAUUGCGACUCUGCGGCGUGUUUUGGAUUUCCCACGCUUGAUAUCAAAGCAGGUGCUUCAGAAAUUACGGAGGCGUCUUCUCAUUAUGUGGCAGAUUAUGAUGAACUUUCUCUGACAAUGCAAUGGUCACCAUCUUCGUAUAGCAGCACGAGAAGGAGUUCCAACUCGAAUGAUAAGAUGAGGUCUGACUUGAAUGAUAGGAUGAGGUCUAACUCGAAUGAUAGGAUGAGGUCUAACUCGAAUGAUAGGAUGAGGUCUAACUCGAAUGACAGGAUGAGGUCUAACUCGAAUGACAGGAUGGGGUAUAACAUGAAUAGACGUAGUGGAGCUAAUGCUUAUAACAGCAACAGAUUCAACAGCAAUGGUCUUGAGUAUCCAUAUGUGUUGGAGGAUCCUAACAGAUACGAUUCGAGCUUACCGAUAGACAUUUGUUCAUCGUCACCGAACCCCCCAGCACCAGCGCCGGCGCCAACGCCAUCACCGACACCAGCACCAACGCCAUCACCAACGCCAGCACCAACGCCAUCACCAACGCCAGCACCAACCCCAGUACCAACCCCGGUACCAACGCCAUCACCGACACCAUCACCGACACCAUCACCGACACCAGCACCAACUCCUGGUGGAGGAGAUGAUGCGAAUGUUGUCCGUGGAAUUCCAGAUGGCCUUUUAACUGCACAUAUGGUUUAUGGUUCUCCAUAUGUAACAGUGAAGUAUGGAGGACUUACUCCAGUAUUCAGUUCUCCUAAUUCUAUUGUCAAGCUUAAUGAUCAGGAUUCGGAAAAGUCCUUCACUGGUACCAGGUUUACGGUAGAGGUCAAUACGGGAAAUCGUUACAUCAUCUAUGCCUUGAACGGUCCUGUUACUUUGAACUGGGAAGGCAACAACUUGAACUCUCAGGGCAAAUAUAGCGGUGUUUUCCGUUUGGCAGUUGCCAAUUCGGAUGAUGUAGAAAAACUGCUGGAUGAGCAUAUUACUCCUUAUCCAAUUGCUGGUAGCGUUUCAACUAGUUUUUCGGGUGAUGAAGGUAGAAUCGUGUUUGACUGGAUUACUGAAGGCGAUGGAGAUGCUAAUAAUUUACUCAUGUUGACGCUGCCUCAUCAUCGUCAGUGCCUGGAGAACAAGAACUUUUUGCAGCCUAAAUGGUCGUCUAUCAAAGGUGACAUGCUUGGCAUAUUAGGGUCACAAUGGGUGCUGGUUGAAAAGUUGACAACCAUUGAGUUCCGAGCGCCACGAGGGAUUAGUGAGGACAAGUUGGCUGACGUUAAGGCAGCAGUAGUAGACGAUUUGGCAGAAGUUCCUAUUCCAACUGACACAUAUUCAUUCGGCAAAGUAUCAGCACGAUAUGCACGACUCGCUCUUAUCGCAGAUGAAGUUGGAGAUACCAACUCUCUUAAUGAAUAUUUGAGUCGACUAGAGACUAUCUUGACUCCUUGGUUCAGCAGUAGCGGCACGAACAACCUGUUGUAUGAUACCAGUUGGGGUGGUAUCAUUUCUCAAUUGGGAAAGAAUGAUUCAGGAGCAGAAUACGGUCAGGGCUGGUAUAACGAUCAGCACUUUCACUGGGGUUAUUAUCUUUAUUCAUCAGCAGUUUUGGCGAAAUUCAAACCGGAAUGGGGCAAUCAGUACAAGGAAGCAGUUAACACGUUGGCAAGAGCCAUUGCCAAUCCAUCACCAGAUGACAAAUAUUUCGUUACUACUCGUUAUAAGGAUUGGUAUGUUGGGCAUUCAUGGGCAUCAGGUUUGUUCCCGUUCGGCGAUGCGAAAAAUCAGGAAUCCACAUCUGAGUCGGUUAACGGAUAUUAUGGUCUUUAUCUGUGGGGUUUGGCAAUCAAUGAUGAACAUAUUAAGAAUUGGGGUCGUCUUUUGAUGGCAACAGAAAUACGCUCUAGCAAGUUAUACUGGCAAAUUUCUUCAGAGGAGGACAGUGUCUACCUACCUCCUUUCAAUAAGCACACCUGUGUUGGAAUUGUAUGGUGUACCAAGGUUGACUACGCCACUUGGUUCGGUAUUGAGGUCGAGUACAUUCAUGAGAUUCAACAGCUUCCGUUCACCCCCAUAAGUGAAGAGCUGUUGACUCAAGAUUGGAUCAGAGUUGAAUACCCGGAUGUGGCGACGGCGUUAACAAGGAGUGACCCCGUCAUUCAAGAGGGCUGGAAGGGAUUCAUUUUUAUGACCCAAUCUAUUAUAGAUAAGCAAGGUGCCUGGAAUAACGCCAAAAGCUUAACUUCUUAUGACAACGGGAACUCUAAAUCGAAUACUUUAUACUUUAUUGCCACACGACCAUAGGCAUAAUAUCUGUCAUGUUUCAGAUUCUACCGUGUUGCCAUAGUAUUAAAGUUUUUCAUGUAUGGCACAUUGAGCAAAUAAAAUUUUAUUUUUUCGGUAGUUAAAAUACCAAAAACCUGA